GGAGCAGACAAAGGAGAAGUCAGCGAGUCUAUCUCUGCCAAGCCACAGAAAUUGAUGUGCCAGCCAAAAGAACUUGGCAGCAAAAAUACAAGCAAAGAGCAAAGGCAGUAGAGCGCACUCCUGCAUCAAAGCAAGGAAGAGUUUGCUAAGACAGAGAUGGGAGAGGACUACUGAUGUUUAUCUAAGUCACAGACAGAAGAAAAGAACCGAAGAUCUCUUCAUCUACCAGGAGAGAUGUCUCGUCCUGCGCACAAAAGGCCAGAAUAUCACAAAAUAAACAAAGACCUUUUUGUGCUCACCUAUGGAGCUCUGGUUGCCCAGCUAUGCAAGGAUUAUGAAAAAGAUGAAGAUGUGAACAAAUACUUAGAUAAAAUGGGUUACAACAUUGGAACACGGCUGGUGGAAGACUUUUUGGCUCGAUCCUGUGUGAGAAGAUGUCAUAGUUAUUCAGAAAUUAUCAACAUAAUCGCCCAGGUUGCUUUUAAGAUGUACUUGGGAAUUACACCAAGUGUGACCUGCCACAAUUCAAGCAGAAAUGAAUUUUCCCUGAUUCUACACAAGAAUCCUCUGGCAGAGUUCGUCGAAGAGCUGCCUGCUGGGCGAUCUGCACUGUGCUACUGCAAUUUGCUCUGUGGGAUCAUCAGAGGGGCCCUGGAGAUGGUUCAUUUGGCUGCUAAUGUUACAUUCUUGCAAGACAGACUAAAAGGCGACAGUGUGACAGAAAUCGGAAUAACAUUUCUGAAAAAGCUGGAUGAGAAAAAAUAUAGACGGAAAAAAUGAAAACUAGCAUGCAGAGAGCCACUGGUGGUUGGCUGUCCAGAGCGUUGUUUGUAAUAGCCAAAAUGUGAAUGAAGUCAGUCCAAGUGGCCAUCAACAGAUGAGCAUUAAAAGUGUAUAUAUAUAUAUAUAUGGACUUAUCUACAAGGACCUUUUGCUCAACAUGAAAGAAAAGGGAUUCUGGCACAUGCUAGUACAUGGAUGAACCCUGAGGACCUUAGAAGAAGAUGCGCCCCAGAAAUGUCCACAGCACUGUGAAUGAACUUAUGCCUAUUGAAAUGCAUUCUUAAAGAUGGUGAAGAGUAUAAAUAUUAUGUUAUAGAAAUUUUACCACAAUGUAAAAAUUUAAAAGUAAUGUGUUAUGUAUCCACAAUAAAGAGUUGGCUAAAUAAACAAGAAGACAUUUAA